AUUUUCUCACCACAACAACAAUCUCUCUCUCUCUCUCUCUCUCUCUCUCUCUGCAUGUAAGCACGUAGGAUCUGUCCAACCUCUUCUCACCUUCCACCACCCCUUCGAAGACCCAUCUAUAUAGAUGCAAAAUCUUCAACAUUCUCAUUUCUCUCUGAUCAGAAGUUGGACUCAUUCUCUGUGGGCCUCAUCAUGGAGUGGAAAGAAGUCCCACCAUCAGGUCCACCACCACCACUCAACAACAACCCAUCUGAUCAUUAUCUCUUCACACCCUCGUUUCCGUCCACCUCAAUGCACCCUCCACCGCCCCAAUCCCAACUCCUGCCGGAUAAUAUCGACUGGGUUAGCCUGCUCUCCUGUCCAAACGGGGGCCUUAGCGAUACGAAGCCAAUAUCUCCAUAUGCAGCAGGUCAUUAUGAAGGGAUGAAGGAUGAAAGAGAGAGAAAGAGAGGGAGUAGGGUAAGAAAAGCAACCCGUCCUCGGUUCGCGUUCCAGACUAAGAGUGCGGAUGACAUAUUGGAUGAUGGGUAUCGUUGGAGGAAAUAUGGACAGAAAGCUGUCAAGAAUAGCAUCUAUCCAAGGAGCUACUAUAGGUGCACACAUCACACAUGCAAUGUGAAGAAACAAGUUCAGAGGCUAUCGAACGACACCGCCAUCGUCGAGACCACGUACGAGGGAAUCCAUAACCACCCCUGCGAGCAGCUCAUGCAAACUCUCACUCCUCUCCUCAGGCAAAUGCAGUUCCUUUCUAGCUUCUGAUCGAUGAUCGAUCGGUAACCUAAAUACUAGCAGCUGCUAGCUAAUCCACUGAAAUACUACCUACGUAGUUAGUCACAUAUAUAAUACACUUGUGUUAGCUAAUGUAUCAGAAUUUGCUAAUUAAUGAAAUAGGCGACACUAAGAUCGAGACCAAUUGUAUUACAUGCAGUCAAUCACUUUUUUCUUUGUAGAAGAAAAUUGUGUGGACUUAUAUGUAAAUGGACAAAUUAAUUAACCAUCAAUAUAUAUACUGAUUCUAU